AUGCCUGCAGGAUCUGCAUGGUGUCACCCUGCUUUGCUACUGCUUCUCUCCUCCGUGUCCCUGUGGGCAGCUGAGAUUUCCUGCAGGAACGAAGAUGGGGAGACAGUCGAUUGGUUUGCUCUUUACAAGUUGCCGAAACAUGCCAAAGGAGAGAUUCCUGUGCUGGGGCUGGAAUACAUGUACAUGGACGCCCUGGCUUCAGAGUGGCAGCUUGGGAAAUACCUCAUCAACAUGACACAGGGUGCUCUGGGACAAACACUGAAGCAGCUGUAUGAAACAUAUGAAUCUGAGAGGAACAGCGUUGCAUAUGCAAUAUACAACGAUGAGGUCCCUGAAUCAGACUCUGAUGGGUGGAAAAGAGGACAUACCAAAGGAUUUCUGCUCUCGGACAAAUCACAAGGCUUCUGGGUGAUUCACAGUGUGCCACUGUUCCCUCCCGUGCCUGAGGAUGGUUAUGAAUAUCCAGCUACUGGGGAGUCCUAUGGACAGACAGCCAUCUGUAUAACCUUCAAAUAUGACCAGUUCACAGAAAUAGACCAACAGAUGCUGAGUUAUAAUCCGGGAAUCUACAGCUGUUCCAUCCCCAACAUCUUCCAAGCUGAUCUCCCAAAUCUGCAGAAGCUCUGUGCAGGGUCCAGGCUGCCCCCGGUCCCUUUGCGCCACCUUUCCAAACUGCAGUCAGCUCGCGGAGAAACUUUUCUCCACUUUGCAAAGUCACACUUUUUCAUAGAUGAUAUCUAUGUGGCCUGGGUGGCUCAGGAACUGAAGACCGAUUUGUUGGCUGAAUCCUGGCAGCAUUCCGGCCAAAAACUUCCCUCAAAUUGCUCUCUUGACUACCACGUCUACAACAUAAACCUAAUAGGGACACCAUUGAAUUCCACCUUUUAUUCCAUUAACGAUCAUUCCAAAUGGGCUGUUUCAAGGGAAUACAAAGAUCAGUGGACCUGCAUUGGAGACUUAAACCGCGCUGCUGAGCAAGCUUGGAGAAGUGGUGGGUUCAUCUGUACACAGAACAGACACAUCUACAAUGCCUUCAGGCAUUUGAUAAUCCACUACGAAAGUUGCGCUGAUGCUUCCACAUUGAUAUAA